GUUUGGUGUACCACGUACAAAAGCCAUACAAGCCGUCACUUCGUAGCUGCUCAGUCUGGAAUUGUCGACCAUGGCGUCGGAGCUGCCGUUCCCGCUGUACGCGGGCUUCUUCCCGCAGAUGGUGCUGACGGUGGAGGAGCUCAUGCACUACCGGCGCUUCGGCAAGGAGCGCGUGGCGCAGCUCGUGCGCAUCAUCGACGACGCUGACUGUGUCUACCGCUGGACGGACAUCAAGGCUCGCAACGGGCGUGGAGUCCAGAAGGCGCAGUUCCUGGACAUCCGACCAAGUACCAAGCAGCCAACGUCACAACAGCCGUCCACGAUCUUAAAGUCCAGCGUCCACAUUGUGGAUGUACAGCCCGAUGAGAUCUUGCAAGCCAUUGCUAAGGUCAAAACUCGAGACGCUCGACGAACUUUAAGUUAUCUUCAUGGAGACGAAUUUGUAGAUACGCAGACACUGCUGACGUUCCCGACGUCAUCAGAGCACAAGAAACCGAGUUAUUCAUACAGAGCUAUCAAGUGGUGCCUGCUUAAGGCCAAGAGGAGAGAAGGACAGAAGAGUCUGGACUUCUGCUACUUGGAAUACGCUGGUAAAAGGAAAGCCCAUGCAGCAGCCAGUAGUGUGGUUGGUUUCUGUGUACAGGAGUCAAUUGCCAGAGAUCGAGAGGUACCGACACUGGAGAGAUACGAUAUUCUACGAGGACAGUUCAUACGUACAGGCAUCUUGAUCACCAAGACCCACCAGUCGAAUAUCCUCAAAGUCACAGCUAUUGCACAGGUGGAUGGCGCUAUGAUUCCUGCUGCUGUGAGGAUGACAAUGGAGGAGAUUAUGGUCGACUAUGUCGCAGCAGUACAUCGUGUCAAGGGAUUAUUAGAACGCCAACGCAUGGGGAGGCUGCAGUACUUGGACGAAUGGGACUGGGUGUCCACUAAGGACCGCAAGGCCUGUGCAGUUUGUCUGCGUGGGUUUUAUUUCCAUCGUAAACACCAUUGCGCUACGUGUGGCGAGGUUGUGUGCUCCAAUUGCGCCCCAUUGCGUGAGCUGGAGGAGCCUUUGGAUGAUCAUACAUAUGCUAUGCGUGUGUGUUCUGUGUGUAUGGCACAGGCUGGUAGUCAUCGCGAAAGUAUGUCGGGAGUUACUGAGAGUGAAGAUGGGAUACUCGAAACUACCACAAUUACGACAAAUGUGGGUACUGAUACCUACAUAGGUGGUCUACGCUAUCCGAAACACCGAGGACUGCGGAGAGGAGGCAUAGAAGAGUCAAUACGUGGUUCAUCUUCACAAGCGACGCCUGUGCGUUCGCCACUGCCACCAUUCCGACAACGCCAUCGAGUGGUUUCAAGUCGUAGUAGUGCUCAAGGCAAUGGAUAUGACUAUGACUCUGAUGGCAGUGAACCAUACCAGCGAGCAGCGUCUGAGUCAGCGAGAAGAGAGCGACGAUCCAGUGUGUUGCGUCACUCUACACUAUCGUCUUCUGCAAUGUCAGCUCAAUCCAAGAAAGAAGCUCUGGAUAAGCUCGUGGAGCAUGUUCGCCAGAUCCGUGAUACAAUCAAUGUAGCCAUUUCGGAGGCUGAGGAAGAAGAAGAGCGUCAUAGUAUGAUGCUGGAGAGUGGUCAUGGAGAUCCGGACGCCGGUGCUGAAAGAUACGACGAAAUCUACGACCGUAUUAUGAAAAUUCGAGAAACGUUGGACAUGUCCAGCUCGGACUUUGAUGCUGUAUUGGAGUCUAUCGGCCAUAAUGAUCCUGUACGUCCGUCGGAUACAGUUUCGGAUCGUCUAGAUAGCGAUCUAGCCUUUAGCUUCAGUGAAGGUGCAGACAGCGAGAACCCGAGCACUCUUGCAAGUGAGAGUAUCGAGUUCCAUUCGCCACGAUCAUCAUUACUCUCAGCUUCUGUGCAGUCGAUGGACCAUCAAGACGCUGGGGAACCUCUGCCGUCGCAAGAAGACAGCGCUGUCGAAGAAGCGCGAGCACUGGAGGAGGCGAUGCAGUGGGCUCGUCAAGCAGAACCUAUCACAAGCUUGCACGCUACGCGUCUAGCGUCUCCAGUAGUGCCGUCUACAAAAGUUCAGGACUCUGUACAUCGAGCUGAACCAGGUCCAGCACCUUCGGAGCCCAUACCGACGCCAGUGGUGAGUGUGAGUAAGAAUCGAGGCAUUGAACGGCUUGCAAUGAAGAUCGGGCGUUUACAACAACGUCUCGAGGCCUCACAGCGAGAUUCCGAGACCUCAAGCAGUGCAGUCAAUCCUGUUACCUCAAACACGCUGGAUGUCCCACCCGUUGUUAAUGAGGAACAUGAUGAGCCUGAACCUGAACAACGACCACGACAGUCCGAGCCGCUACCAGCACUAAAGCAACAUGGAAGACCAACGUCGCAACCGAAGGAGAAGCAUGUGGCUAUUGAUCCUGAAGCGAUUACGUCUUCCCCUUCACAGGGUCUCAACACUAGCGGACGUCUCUCCGAGCCAUCUCGUGUUCCGCCUGAUCUUGUGGCAAGUCUACGUGGCGUCAUGAACUCGAGCGAACUUACGCAUGCACCCCCUCGUCGACGGUCUGGGGUCACUGCACCGUCCCUUUCGCCGCCCGAGACGCCGUCCAACACGACUCGGAACUCGUACGCUGGGCAGUCGAAGAGAGCGCCACCACCACCACGCCCAACGACACCACCGGCGCUCCCACUCUACAGCUCGAUGCGGCCCUCUGCUACCGCAGCCCCGACACCGACUCCUGUGCAAGGCACCACUAUCUAUGUAUUCGACCCUGAAGAUCGAUUCCAGCGAGUGCAGCGUCGUAGUCUUGACCAACGUCCCAUUGAAACAUCAGAAACAGUGGAGACGAGACCCGAUGAGGUUCCGAGCGGGAAUGACGACGGUGAAGAAGCAAACCCGGUAAAUAACGCGUACUUGUCCUCCUCGGAUGAAGAGCAAGGACAAGCACGAAAUGCUGCGACUACACUACCGCCAUCAGGGGGCUCUGUUCGAAGAGGAGGAGGAGCUCGCGAUGAAAGCGGUGAGUUGCGCGAGUUGAUGGAGGGGUUGGCGAAGGCUCCCUUACGAAGCCGUUGCUCAAGUGGACAAUCCACUGGAGCACCACCCACUGAGAAAUUCGACUUUUAGCUACGCUUGUUAAGAUCAUGUAAAGAAACAUGCUUAUGAGAAAGAAAAUAUGCGGCUGGACUGUUUCUUGACUGCCAACAACUACUAAGUAUCGCCGUCCAGAUUUAUGCUUUCCUCUAAAUCUGGAAUCAUGCAGGCACUUAAGGCUUCGAUGUGACUCUACGGGCCAAACACGUUUAGGUGGUGGCCAGCUAAUAAGUAAAUAAAGGCCGU